GGAGCCAGAACAUGGCAGAGGGGCAUUUGGGUCAAUCCCCCUUUGAUUCUUACAUUUUACAAAGAAAAUCGGUCUUGAAACUCCGUGUGACUACCCCCCUCUUAAAGUUGGUAUCUCUCUAACCAAAAUCCCUUCAUCUGCACAUGCUUUACUUAUGAAAUAGUAUAUUCAAACAAAUACGUGUAUAUGCCCACAUCUUAUUUUGUGCGAGAAUUUUCAUCUCCACGUAACAGUUCUUGACUGUUUUGCUAGACACAUGGUGACUUGGCACGGUUAUAUUGUGCUGUCUGAGAGUUUGGCAUUAUACAGAGUCAAACUGAGUGUCAUGAUGCCAAAACGUAUGAUGUCACGAGAGUAUCUUACAUUUGUUUCAAAUCACUUGUUAAAUGUAUUCAUAAAUUGUGUAUGUUGGCUCAUGAUUUACAAUCAUGCAUUGUAUACUGACAUCAUUUUAUAUAAAAUGUUUUUUUUUUAUUGUAUCGCACUAAUAUCCAUGCGAUGACUAUGUUAAUUGAAAUGUUUUUAUUUAAUUUUCAUUUCUUAAACCUCUUGUAAAAGUCCUGCACUUUCGGACAAUUGAUAUCAAAAUGCACGAGAAAAUCGAGCACAAUUACAGAUAAAUUGAAUGGGCGGAUUAAAAGAAGUAAGGUUCAUUCUAAAGUUUGAAAUCUCAAGGAAUUUUAAUCGAACUUCAACUUCAUACGUUAACUUCGCAAGAGACGUUGAAGGGGAAGGCGAAGGUUGAAAUCUCAAACUCUCUAAUAACUAUUGUAAUUAAUGUCUCAGCUGAAGUUAUAAUAUCUAUUGGUAUCAGAUUUGCCUUUCUUUCGAGCCGGCUUGAAAAUUUAACUAGUAUCGGUAACGAAUGAUCUGAAUUUUGGAACUUUAUAAUUUGCAAAGAGACAUAUACAUUUCUCAGUUAAGUGACCUGUCAGGGCUUAACCUUCAUCUGCAAGGUCUGCAGUUCUGUUUCUCACGUAAGGUUGUAAGUUCUGUCAGAUCAUGUUAAGCAAUGUCCAUGCAAACAUAAGUUUUUUUUAAAUUUAUGGAAAAUAACAAUUUCUCAUUUUUCUUCAACCUAAAUUUGUCGAGAUGAAAGAUCAGUAUUGCUGAAAAAUAGUUUAUUGCCUGUUCAUUAUGAAUCCCUACUCAUCAGUUAGAAUGCGCAUUAGUUGAAGUACCUCAUUUUGCGCAAGACAGUUGUGGAUGUGCAAAGAUUUAUAUUCCUGCAGUGGUAAAUUUAUUAUAAUAGAGACUCAUAUUGAUCAAAUAGAUUGAAAUGUGAUAAACGUAGUUUAAAUUGUGUGGUCUUUUUGUCCUACGUAGAGUGCACAUGCGCGAAAUGUUACUUCCGUUGCUAAGAAUCUCAGUGUGUAAAUCCCUCUAUAAAUCUCGGUUGUGUUUAGUUUGUAUUUAAAAGUAUCUACCUGCAAAACCGCAGCGGAUACGCCAGUGGAUCUUGUUUAAUAUACACGAUCAAUAUCAACGUAUCGGGUAACAUAAUUAUGUUUUGAACAUUUACAAAUCUUAAAUGGAGGAAAAUGAUAACAUUUACAGUGUUUGUGAUAUAUAUGAAUAAUUUAAUUGUAUUUAUUUAUGAAAAAGACUGUUAAGAAAGAGAAAACUACGGAACUAAUUUUUAAAUUAAAAUUUGUGCAUAAACAAGUUGACCGAUAUGUACCUGUCUUCGAAAAUAUAUGUUAAGCGCGUGUACAUUCACUGAAUUAGCUGGCACGACCAGUGACCCACUGUAUUGUGACCCCAUCUUAUCAGGUAUUUAAUCGUUUUGAACUAUGCAUUGUCGAUUCAUAAAUAAAACCUUAAAACGCAUGUCAUGCUUUAUGAAUUCACCUUCAAGUUGAAUAUUCUGCGUGGGAAGAACUUUAAAAUAUACACUAUCAAGUUUUAUAUUAGUCAGUUGACACGUAUAGCAACUUACAUAGGAAACAACGAGAGGAAUUACCUUUGCUAAUCUGAAGGACUGUAUACAUGUAACUUUAAUGACAAUGUCAUUUACAGUUUAUUUUCUGCGUAUAGUGGACCUCGUUUUAUCCAUGUAGAAAUUAACAUAUCACGGGACAUAUUGGAUUUCAAAUCAACCCUGACAAAGGCGUUGCAAACGGCACACAGUGUUCAAAUCUAACCUGGCGGUGUGAGACAAACUGAAUUUUUCAACAAACAAUAUUUUCAUGACCUAGAAAGUUAUUUUAAAAAACAUUUUAAGAAUGUAUGAUAGCAGAAAAGAAAUAAUUAUACUUAAUAUUUGAUAUUUUUGAAUUCGGGGAGUAAUUUAAUUUCAAACGUAGAACUUAUCGUGGACAGCUCGGAGCUACCAUUGCUAUUAAUUUAACAUUUUGAUAGUAAUACGCUACAUCCCGAAACUUAAAAGCAAUGACUGUUUGCCGUUUUUCCGCACCAAUAAGCUUGAGACCUCCAGAAACAACUUUCUUAUUUAUAAUAAUAGCCGCACGCCAGGUUGAUAGGCACUCUAUGGUUUAAUGCAGAGCUGUUGGUAACUAGUAAUUUGAAGUCAAUAAGCAUUACUGCGUUACGAACACUACCCUCGAACUACUUUUCUAAAGACCUUUUUCAGCCACAGGUUGUGAAAAAUGGUAGACGUUGAGAACAUUUUGAGCUGUUCUAUCUGUAUGGAGAUUUUUCGGGUUCCGCGGGUGCUACCGUGUCAACAUACAUUCUGCGAGGACUGUUUAUCAAGUUAUAUCAGAGACGUACGUAAAAAGAAGGGCAAGAAAAAGAAAUCUGCCACCACAUUUAAGUGCCCUUUAUGUAGAACACGAGUUGACCUAAAGGAGGAACCCUUUGAUGCUUCGACAUUCCCACUGAAUUUGACAGUAGUUGCUUUUGUAGACACUCCAUCAUUUAUUGAAACUUAUUCCGGAAGCUCUGAGAAAAAUACAGGCCAGACAAAACCAGAAAGCGAUACUACAAAUAAUGUGCUAUCUAUAAGCAGGGUGCUGGAAGACGGAAUAUCACAAAAUAUAGACGAACAUUCUUUUGAUCUUUUAUUAGACACGAGUGAUGGAUUUUCGCGGCAUGUUGUACAGAGCAUUCUGUAUCCAAUUGUAAACUAUAAUGGCUUUACUUUAAGAAGUGUUCAAGCAGUCAUAGAGUUGCUGACUAGUGUGGUUAUUACUUCAUAUGUUCUUUGGGUGAUUAAAGAACAUAAUCUAUGGUUAAUCUAUCUUCUUUGCUUGAUUCACUUUUGUAAAGGAAUUAUGGUAUCUGCAUGGAAAGCGGGACAACACAUGGACCUUCGGAUGUUUUUCAGAUCUGCAGCUGGGCAUGUUGUGCUUCACAUAUUUGAGUGUGCUUUCCUAGGUUUUAUGGUGUUUUUCGUUUUAUUCACUGCUAGUUUUCUAGAAAGCAUUAGAACAGCACCAGUCAGACGCUUUACCGUUAUGUCCGAUCUUGGUCAGCCGCAGUGCAUAGAAGAAAAGUAUCUUGAUUUUAAGUUUGUUUUAAACCAAGCAAUGCAAAUUAUGUACUUGACAUUUAAUAAAUGUGUAUACCAAUUCCAUAUAUUCAAAGAUAAUUGGUAUCGCCUGCUCUUGAACUAAUUCAAACAGGGUUCAUUAAUUUAUUGCUCAGCCUCAUUUUCUGUAGAAUUUGUUUGUGCUUUGUUUGUAUUUGUAAAGAAUUCUGCUGGCAAUAAGAAAAUCAUAAGAUCUUACGGUUUAAUGGAAUGUCUAAGUAAUUGUUUGUAUGCUGUUGUGCUUGUAUUGAACAUAUGUAUCUGUUUGCAUUGUGUUGAAUAUUAUGAUUUGAUGCCUGAAUAAAUUGAAAUUG